ACAUUUUUCUUUACAGAAAUUCUAUUUAUUAGAUAAUAUUUGUACACAUGUAUUCAUUGGUUAUUUAUUAUCUAGAUUGUUCAUAUUCAUCAAGUCUAUAUAUUGUAUAUUGUAACCUAUUGCAAAGUAAUGAGAAUUGGUUGUUUACAUGGUAUCAACCCUUUACCCUUCUAGUUGUUGAAUUUCUCAACCUUUGGCACCUUGUCUUCUCUCUAUCCGAUCAUCUUCUUUCUCUUGGUUCUAUCCUUCCCUUCGUGUUUUCUGAUCAUUCUUUCCUCCUUCUUGCUCAUUGAAUUCUGCCCAUAUUUCCAGCAUCUAUCAUGGAGAACCCAAAUGGUUCCUAUCCUCAGUAUUCAACAAUUACUAUCACAUAUGGAUAGAUCUCUCACUCAACCUACUCCUACUAUGCUAUCCGGAGAAAAACAAGUUACAAAUCCCAAUCACACUACUUGGAUUAGCGAUGAACAACAAGCCAUCAUUCUGCUUAAUGCCUCUCUGCCUGAAGAGGUUUUCUCAAUCACUGUUGGGCUCUCCUCGGCUCGAGAAAUAUGGGUGGCUCUCGAAGCAGCUUUUUGUAAUGCAUUUGUUGAAAGGGUUCAAAAUAUCCGGGAUAAUCUCUGCGCUCUCAAGAAAGGUGACAAAUUGGUUGCUGAUUUUGCCUGAUCUUUCAAAACUAUUUGUGAUCAACUGACGGCUAUCGGGCAUCCUAUUGAUGCUAUGGAUCAAGUCCGUUGGUUCUUAUGCGGCCUUGGUACGUCUUUUGAAAGCUUUUCCACUACUACCCGUUCGGUACGUCCCAUACCAUCUUUUGCUGAUCUUGUUGCGAGUGCUGAAAGCCAUGAACUCUUUAUAAAAAAGUUACAUGGUACGUUAGACAAUGAUACUUAAAAUACUCUUGCUUUUAUGGCUCAAAGUUCCAAUACCACAAAUAAUAAUAAUUUUAAGCCAAAUAAUUUUGGUGGACCUACUGCCAACAAUGGCCACCAGUUUAAGUCCAAUAGAUCUAAUAAUAAUAGCCGCUCAAAUAGAACCAAUUAUAACAGCCGUUUUGGCGGCCCAGUAGGGAAUUUUUUCAAAGGUCAAAACAGGCCCAACAUGCCUCCUUUUAAUAAUUUUCAAAGACCCACUUGUCAAUUGUUUCAUAAACCCGGGCAUUACGCGGCCCAGUGUUUCCACCUUGCGUCCUUUGCCCAGUCCACCGCUUCGCCGGAUCAGUUUGCACAAGCUUUCCACGCUCAGUGUCAACUAAAUGCUACCGUUCCCGAUUGGACAUCCGAUACCGGGGCUACUACACAUAAGUUACCAAAUGCUUUGCCACUUCAAAAUACCGCUCCUAUGCAAGGGUCGACAAACCAAGAAAACGCUAGCCCAAGGAUGCCGUGAAGACAGCCUUUAUGUACUUCGUCCGACUCAUGAAGCUUUGGUUUCCAUAUCUUCUUGUCCACAAGCUUCUUUUGAGUUGUGGCAUUCUAGACUUAGGGCAUGUUAAUUUUGAGACUUUAUUUAUGCUUAAAAAUAAUGGUGGUGUGAACUUUACUUCUAUUUUGCCUAAACCGGGACUUUGUUCCUCAUGUGAGAUUACUAAGGCGAAACGCCAACCUUUUUUACAUAAUGAUAAACGUGCAUCUAUGCCUCUUGACAUUAUACAUUGUGACUUAUGGGGACCCUCUCCUAUAACAUCUAUUGAUAACUUUCGAUAUUAUGCGGCCUUUGUUGAUGAUUAUUCCAGAUUUACUUGGCUAUAUCCGCUUAAGGCAAAAUCUGAUUUUGCUGAUGCCUUGACUAUUUUUAUGUCAUUUGUUCAA